CGUCACUUCCCAUGGAAGAGCACGCGCACACACAUCAAACAAAGCGAGAGCAAGAGCACAGGACUGGCUCCAGAAGGAUUUGUCUUCUUGUUUCUAGAUUACAAAAUCAACAAUGUCACCAAAAAAGUGUGUUUUUGGUUGUGAGGGAAAGAUAAGCUUGUACAGCUUCCCAAAGAACCCAGCGUUAAGGGAACAGUGGAUGCAGUUUGUGUUUCCGGGGCAGCAGCGGAGAUGCACACAUGUGUUUGUUUGUUCCCGUCACUUCAGCGAUGAAUGUUUUAUAAACAAGGCCCAGUUUGACGCUGGGUUUGCAGAUCGUUUGAUAAUGAAAGAUGCAGCGAUCCCAGAAAUAAAAGAUCCCGGUCAUGAGUCGAAACCGCAGGCGAUGUUGAUCAUGAAAGCGCAGGUGGAUGUGAUCUGCUGUAAAUCAGUAGGAACUGAUCUGUCCAUGCUGGAUAUUGAGGAUUUCAUCACAGAAAUCUGUCGGCUGAAGAAAGAGGUGGCGUCACUGGAGGCAAAGCUGAGAGAAAGAGGAGACAAACUGAACAGAGAGGAUGUGGAGAAGGUUUCAGUGCGUGUGGCUGAUGGGACAGAAGCUCAGGAUUCAGUCUGGAGCGUCAGAGAUCAGAGAUCCAGAGACACACAGGACUCAGAGCUCAGCCUCACUUUACUCUGUUAUACUGACGCUCAGGAUCAUGAAUCCACUGAUCAAACCUCUGACUGUAACGCUGGAGAACAGCAGAUGCUGCAGACGCCGCUGAAGAUGUGCUCCGUCAAACUGGUGGACUGCAGGAACCUGAUCGAGAGCAGAGCAGAAGAAACCACCGCAGAGGAACAACAACAGAGUCACGAGGAAGAGCAGGAGGAUGAUGGGAAAGAUGACGAUUUCAUUCCUCCAGAUGUCAGUUGUGGUUCAUCCUCUGAUGGAGAUGAAGAAGCAGUCUCAACCUCAAAAGAGCAGCUUCAGACCAAGAGUUUUCCUUGUGCCACCUGUGGAAAAACACUGAGUUCACAGGGUCAUUUAGCGAGACACGAGAGAAAACACACAGAACAGAAAGACUUCAGCUGCAAUAUAUGUGACAUCAGCUUUCCUACCGCAGAAGAGAGGAGACUUCAUUCAAAAGAGCACAGCAGGAAGGAGUUUUGCUGUGAACGGUGCGGGAAGGUUUUUUUCACCACUGCUCAGAGUAUGAAAAUUCACAUUAAGACCCAUGACGAAAAGUCUUUCCACUGCAGCGAAUGUGACAAGUAUUUCAGCACCAAAGGAAAUCUUGUUGUUCAUAAGCGAAUCCACACGGGAGAAAAACCGUACAAGUGUCCUCACUGCGAGAGAAGAUUCAUGUAUGGAUCUCAUCUGAAGAAACAUGUGCGUGUUCACACCAAUGAGAGGCCGUACCAGUGCAGUGAAUGUGGGAAAACCUUUAGGCAGUUAUUUAGUCUACAGUCACACCAAAAAAUGCACUCAGGUGAGAAACCGUUUCAGUGCAAACACUGUGACAAACGAUUCCUCCACAAAUCCUACCUGAACUAUCAUGAGAGGACUCACACCGGAGAGAAACCGUAUCUGUGCUCCUACUGCGGGAAGAGCUUUUCUAGUCCAAUUCAUUUUGCACUUCAUAAGCGAGUCCACACUGGAGAAAAACCAUAUCACUGCAGCAUCUGUGGGAAGAGUUUCAGUAAACAUAGUAAUUUACAAAACCACAAGAGGAUUCAUAGCGGAGAAAGACCUUUCAAAUGCUCACAAUGUGAUAAGAUGUUUGCUCGAUCAGACGUCCUGAAGGUCCAUCAGCGAGUUCAUACAGGAGAGAAACCUUACUCCUGCUCCAUCUGCGGCGAGAGAUUCGCUUAUUUAGGUAGUUUUCAGACCCACCAGAACAAACACGCUAAAGAACACACGGCUCCAGAAUCAUCAUAGCGACCUUAUGUUUUGGUCUGUGAAUAAAAAGGCUUUAUUUCUGC